UUUAGUGCAUGUCUGGAAGAUUUGAGAAGCUUCGUGUUUGGGCGGACGGUGAUGUACAACAAGGAUCUUCAGGUGUUCAACAGCAACAGCAAUAUUCCGAUAUGGAACAAAUAGCAUUACCACAUAAGGCGCGGCUAUACCAGCUGUUCGAAUAUGUUGAAAAGGAAAUUGACUCUUUGUAUGAAGAGAACUGCGAAUUGCAGACAAAGUUGAACCAAUUAAGUGAACGGCUGGGCGAAACAGUAACGCUAUCACCUGAGGUCUGUUCUUCACCAAAUGAUCCGUUAUCAGCACGAAAAGAAGUCGGCAGGAAAGGUAACCAAAUGCGUCAGAAACUAAAGACUGCUUUACGAGUUCCACCAGGACGUCUGGUACAGAGCCUGAAAGUCGUUAGUGAUAGUUCACGUCGAUGCAGAUAUGUUCGUUCGUUUAUGGGACAUCGAGAUGGUAUUUGGCAUGUGACAGCAAGCCGUGGGUCACAACCGAUUUUGGCGAGCGCUUCCGCCGAUCAGACAUGCUUGCUGUGGUCUUUGGAUGCAGGUUCAUGUUUGGCCCAAUAUACGGGUCAUGUUGGUUCGGUCAAUGGUGUUGCUUUCGGGCCGUCAACAACAGAUUCCACUGAAUUCAUGCUUGCUACAGCCAGUGGCGAUCGUACUGCACAUAUUUGGAAAACUGUUGUUCCAGGCAAUACCCAACUCCCUGCUGCGAGUAGUGAAGAUGAUGAAUUAGCUGAAAAGGAACAAACGAAUGGUGGGAACGACAUGCAAGGCAGUGGGGAGAUUCAUGCAUCAAGUAUUGUACGGCAGCCGCUCCGGCGCUUGACGGGUCAUGCUAAUGCAGUUAUGGCUGUUGAGUGGUUUAGUGGUGGUGAACAGCUUAUCACAGCUAGCUGGGAUAGAACUGCUAAUAUUUAUGAUGCUGAACGAGGGGAAAUUCUGAAUAUUUUAUCGGGCCAUGAUGACGAGUUGAAUCACUGUAAUGCUCAUCCAUCGCAAAAACUAAUUGUUACUGCAAGCCGCGAUUCUACUUUUCGUCUUUGGGAUUUUCGGGAAUCAAUUCAAUCUGUUGCAGUUUUUCAAGGGCAUAUUGACUCAGUCACGUCGGUUGUAUUUUCAUCCGGUGAAAAACUUGUUUCGGGCAGUGAUGAUCGAUCAAUCAAAGUCUGGGAUUUACGCAAUAUGCGUAGUGCAAUUGUAACUGUUCGUUUGGACAGUGCUGUUAAUCGAAUUUCAAUUUCGUCACGAAGUGUUGUUGCAAUUCCACAAGAUAAUCGCAGUAUUCGAUUGUAUGAUUUGAACACCGUUCGAUUAACAAGACUUCCUCGUGCGAGUGGACAAAGUCAUCGCCGUAUAGUUUGUUGUACUGCCUGGGCGGACGAUCAUCCGAAUUAUGAUCUGUUCACUUGUGGAUUUGAUAAGCAAGUUAUUGCUUGGAAGACUGCAUUUGCGAAAGAGUAAAUUAUCGCUUAUUGCUUCAAACCGUUUUCCAUUUCAACUUAUCUUUUUCUUAUUUAACAGUUAUUGCUGCAUUAUCAUAAGUUAUUCAUUUUUGUUUAUGAAAAUGUUUGAUGAAGCAGUCAGAGGGAAAUUUAUAUAAAGUCUUGUACAUAAUUCGGGACUAACAGUUGUCGUCAACUUCUCUUUUAGUUAUUUAGAAAUAUAUCUUCAUUCUAU